CGUCAGUUGGUUCAAGUGUCCCGGCCUGAGGUGUGUGCUUGGUCCCUCCCUCUCCAGGCGCCUCAAGCGGAAGGCCCAGGCGUUCUUUGGGAGAAGGGCCUCUCGCGGUCCCUGACGCAGACAUCGUGCAGGUUUCUCCCCGCAGCUCCUGGGCGGCGAAAGCGGCACCUGGGUUUGUUGGUGAAUCGUCUUCUCCCCAGAGUCCUGCUGAACAAGUUUUGGGAAGUAAGGUUUGGAAAGGAGAAAGAGGAUACAUUCCUGAAAGACCGUUCAUCAAAGAUUUUGUAUCCAAGGCACAAAAGUUUGUUGCCCAAGAUGAUGAAUGCUGACAUGGAUGCAGUUGAUGCCGAAAAUCAGGUGGAACUGGAGGAAAAAACAAGACUUAUUAAUCAAGUGUUGGAACUCCAACACACACUUGAAGAUCUCUCCGCAAGAGUAGAUGCAGUUAAGGAAGAAAAUCUGAAGCUAAAAUCAGAAAACCAAGUUCUUGGACAAUAUAUAGAAAACCUCAUGUCAGCUUCUAGUGUUUUUCAAACAACUGACACAAAAAGCAAAAGAAAGUAAGGGAUUGAUACCCUUCUGUUUUAUGGAAUUGCUGCUGAUCAUUUUUUCUUUAAAACUUGGAUAGAUUCCAAAACUUACAGUACCUUUGUGGCUUCAUUGAAUAUUUAUGAAGAAAAUGUCAGAUGUAGACAAAAAUAACACAAUAACAGGAGGCUUCCAUAAGUUUGUGUAUUAUGUUAGUCUAUGAAAACGUGCAAAUGUAGAGACUUUAUAAUUAGAAUUGCAUAUAUUUAUGAAACUUAAAGAUGAAUGUUUUAUCGAAUUUGUAGGUUUAGCACUGUCUUUUAUUAUAGGAUUAGUAAGAUAUACAAGAAAAUAACCACCAUGUUGUGAAAAAGUGACCAAAAUCAUGUACUAAAUGCACAGCUUUAUGUACCCUGUCCACCAUCUUGUGCCUCUUUUCCAUUUGCCUCUUCCUUCCUGUUUCCCUUCCCUUAAGGAAAAAAAUUGGUGUCACAUUUGUAAAAGUAAUUUUAAUAGUUAAUCAUCUCUGAGAGUAACCUGUAUUUUAAUUGUUGAAACUUAACCAAAAUAAGAUACUGUCUCAGCUAGGGUUUGUCAUUUGUGUAUUUAGUAUUAAGAUAGGAAUGCUAGUGUCUCUUUAAUUAAUUGGAAAUAGAUGGAGGCUAAAAAUGAAGGUUUUUCUUUGAAACUGAAUUAACUUGAGAAUAUUUGUUGUUAAAAACUUCUUUUUGCACAAAAUAACUCAUUUUGUAUUAUCUGAAAAAUAUAUGAUUUCUGGUCAUGUGUAUGUUUAAAAUAGAAAAUUUUGAGGAAAAAUGGAAAUAGGGUGGAAAAGUACUUGGUAAACAGUAGUAACCAACUUCAAAUAUUUUCACUCCAGAUUUGUGUUUUCUCUGGCACAGAGUAAUCUUUUGGGAAAUAUAUAUGAAAGUGGAUUAAGUUUGACUACCCUUAUGUAAGCCACAUCUGGAUGAGAACAGUUACAAAGAGUUUGGUCUCUAAGUUGAUUCGUACCCAGCAGGGCAACUUUUGCAAAAUUCCGUAACAGUGUAUUAGUAUUAGAAUAGUGAAUAAAAUGGGAGAGUUUUACAUGUAUACUUAUUAUCUUGCUCAGUAUUUUAUCUCACUUGUUCUAGAAUUUUCUGUAAACCCUGCUACUGGGUUUGAAGAGUUUUAGUCAUCCUUUAACAAUUUUUAAAAAUUUAGCUUGUAGAUUCCAUUUGGUAAGGAAAUCAAUAUUGGAAGUAAUGCUAAAAUCUUAUAAUAUGAAAAGAGAUCCACUAAUAUAGCUUAUGGUUAUUAGAUUUGGGCUACUUUUAAUCAUGGAAUAAUCUUAUGUAUUGGUGUAAGAGUUGAUGAAUGACUUUAGCUGUAUGAAUAUAUAAUAGUGAAACUGCAAACAUUUUGCAUCCCUUUUGUGACCUAAUUUACAGACAUUUAAAUUGUGUUGCAGUUCUGCUUUGCUGUUUAAUAAAAAGCUAUUUCAGAGGU